CAGAGGGGCACAGGUCUAUAUCAGGAAGGCGAGGAAGGUUUUCAUAAGUUUCAGUAUUACUAUUGUUCUUGUUUUUAUUGAAACCAUGUUGUCUACACUUGCAAUCACCGUCGCCUUGCUCACUGGGGCUGGGCGAGGCGAUACAACACUCCAACAGCAGCCUGUGAUAUGGGAGGAUCUUGCGGACACAGAUAUUUUUCGAGUGAAUGACACCUUCUACUACUCGGCUUCCACCAUGCAUUACUCCCCUGGGGCUCCAAUCUUGUCAAGCAAGGACCUUGUUCACUGGGAGUUCAUCGGGCACAGCGUCCCCACGCUUGACUGGGGCUCGAAAUAUUCUCUCCAAGAUGGCUCGGCAUACGUACAAGGGAUUUAUGCAUCAACGAUUCGAGCACGUCCCAGUGAUGGGCAGUGGUUCUGGGUCGGAUGCGUUGAGUAUAGCAGCACAUACGUCUACACUGCCUCAGGGCCAACAGAGGACUGGACCCAACUAGCCCAUAUCCCGGAAUGCUAUUACGACUCCGGUCUCUUGUUUGAUGAUGAUGGAACGCCUUAUGUCGCCUACGGGAGCUCUGAAAUCAAGGUGGCCCAGUUGUCUGAUGACCUCAAGAGUCAUGUCCGUGCCGAGUCUGUCUAUACUUAUGACAACAGCGCUGAGGGGAGCCGAAUGUACAAGAUUGACGGCACUUACUACAUUCUCAACAUCGACCCUACGUCUAGGAUCCAGUACGCACUGAAGUCGGACAGUCCCUUUGGACCCUACGACUCGGCUAUAGUAUCCAACAGCCCGGCCUGCCCUUCGGACGUCGGCGACCCCCCUCAUCAAGGUGGCAUAGUGGACGAUGGCGAUGGCAACUGGUACUAUAUGGCGUUCUGUGACUCGUACCCCGGUGGACGAGUGCCCGUCCUAGCCCCUAUCGUAUUCAACGACCAAGGGUUUCCGCAACUGGCUGAUGUCAAUACGUGGCCGUCCAGCGUGACAGUCCCCCUGGACGAGGUCUCCACGCCAGAUUUCAGCUACACAGACUCCUUCACGGGCAGUGGUUUAAGUGCGCAAUGGGAAUGGAACCACAACCCAGACACCAGCGCUUACAGCUUGGAUAACGGACUGAUCCUGAAUACUGUCACAGUAACGGACGACCUAUAUCAGGCUCGGAACACGCUCACCCAUCGCGCUCUGGGCCCUAGCAGUGCUGCUACAAUCGAGCUUGAUUUCAGCAGCAUGCAAUCUGGGGAUCGAGCAGGGCUUGUGAUCCUGCGUGAUAGCUCCGCGUGGGUUGGCGUGAUCGACAAUGGCGAUAGCAAGGUAGUAGGUGUCUGGAAGGGCCUUGAUAUGACAUCGGGAGACGGCGGCUGGUCGACUGUGGACACUGGGUCGCUGGAGACAUCUGAGGACAUUGGUGAUUCGACUGUGAUCUACCUUCGUGCCCGGGGGAAUUUCAGGCCUUCGUCCGACAAGACUGUGCAGUUUUCGUACUCGACUGAUGGCUCUACGUUCUCGGAUAUCGGUGAGCCAUUUGUCAUGAAUACGGAGUGGGAGUUCUUUAUGGGCUACCGGUAUGGCAUCUUCAACUUUGCAACGGAGUCUCUUGGUGGGAGUGUGAAGGUGUCGAGUUUCACUAUGGAGGCAGUUGAGGAGUGAAUAAAGACGAGUUGUGCUUAUUGAUGGUUGUUUUUAUGCUGCAAGUAAAUAACUAAAAUAAACAUCUCGUUAACCAUCAGAGCUCACG